GUAGGUGGGCGCAUCGGUUAGCCGCUGCCCGCCAGAGGGGCACGGCGCCGCCUUCUGCCUUUUCUUCACGUGGCGGCAUCUGUUGGCUGCGGGAACAGUCCGGGUCCUUCCGGGUAGGUCUGGCCCGCACGUCUCCGCAGAACUUAGAUACUAUAGAUCAUCAGUGGAAGACUUCCUGAAAGAAGAAAUUGUUGGAGAGAAAUUUGAAAGUGGCAAAAUGGGAGACAAAGAAUUGACAACAGAUGUAGAGGACAGCAUGGAAGUAAGUGCAGCAUGGAAGAAGAGAGGAGAGUAUUAAAACAAGUCUGAGUUCAGAAGAUUUUACUUCAUUCAUUUGUUUAACAAAUUUAUUCAGCAAAACUUUGUUGAAUACCUACCGUUGCUAGGUAUUGUCCUAGGCAACAGAACACAGCAGUGAACAAAACAGACAAAAAUCUCCUGCCCAUGUACAACUACAGCUGAUGAUGUCUUCCAGUUUCAAUAUAUAUAGAGUUGGCAUCUCUUUUGUCAUGAUGUGCAUUUUUUAUAAGUCAGCAGUAGACUCUCUAUCAGAACUGAGCCCUCAGAAAUACUUCAGUACAUUGCAACCGGGAAAAGCCUCCUUAGCUUAUUUUUGUCAAGCCGAUUCUCCAAGAACUUCCAUAUUUCUUGAAGAACUGAAUGAGGCUGUUAAACCUCUCCAGGACUUUGGAAUUUCAGUUGCAAAGGUUAAUUGUGUCAAAGAAGAAACAUCAAGAUACUGUGGAAAAGAAAAGGAUUUGAUGAAAGUGUAUUUAUUCAGGGGCAACAUCUUACUGAGAGAAUUCCCUACUGAUACCUUGUUUGACGUGAAUGCCAUCAUUGCUCAUGUUCUCUUUGCUCUUCUUUUUAAUGAAGUAAAAUAUAUUACCACCCUGGAAGACCUACAGAACAUAGAAAAUUCCCUGAAAGGAAAAGCAAACAUUGCAUUCUCAUAUGUAAGAGCCAUCGGAACACCAGAGCAUAGAGCGGUCAUGGAAGCUGCUUUUGUGUAUGGGACCACGUACCAGUUUGUCCUGACCACGGAAAUUGCCCUUUUGGAAAGUAUUGGCACUGAGGCCAUAGAAAAUGCACAUUUCUACUUUUUUCAUUGUAAACAAGUCUUGGAUUUGACCCAGCAAUGUAGAAGAACACUGAUGGAACAGCCACUGGCUACACUAAACAUUCAUCGAUUUAUUAAGACAAUGGAAGCACCUCUGCUGACUGAAGUUGCUGAAGACCCUCAACAGGUUUCAACCGUUCAUCUGCAACUAGGAUUACCACUGGUUUUUAUUGUUAGUCAGCAAGCGACACAUGAAGCUGACAGAAGAACUGCAGAAUGGGUUGCUUGGCGUCUUCUGGGGAAAGCGGGAGUUCUACUCUUGUUAAGGGACUCUUUGGAAGUGGACAUUCCUCAGCAUGCUAAUGUGGUCUUCAGAAGAGCAGAAGAGGGAGCGCCAGUGGAAUUUUUGGUGUUACAUGAUACUGAAUUAAUAAUAUCCCGUGUGGAAGGUAAUACACACAUUGAAGAAAUGCAAGAAGAUGAAGAUGAGGACAUGCAAAGUCCAGAUAUGGAUAUUCAAGAUGAUGAAGUGGCAGAAACUGUUUACAGACAUAGGAAGACACAGUUACCUUUGGAACUCACAGUGGAACUAACAGAAGAGACAUUUAAUGCGACAGUAGUGGCUUCUGAUAGCAUAGUGCUUUUCUACGCUGGUUGGCAGGCAGUAUCCAUGGCAUUUCUGCAAUCCUAUAUCGAUUUGGCAAUUAAAUUGAAAGGCACAUCCACUUUGCUGCUUACUAGAGUGAACUGUGCAGAUUGGUCUGAUUUAUGUACUAAGCAAAAUGUUACUGAAUUUCCAGUUGUAAAGAUGUACAAGGAAGGCAAGCACCCAGUAUCUUAUGCUGGUAUGUUAGGAACUGAAGAUCUCCUAAAAUUUAUCCUGCUCAACAGGAUUUCAUGCCCAGUGAACAUAACAUCUGUGCAGGAAGCAGAAGAAUAUUUAAGUGGGGAAUUAUAUAAAGACCUGGUCCCCUACUCUAGUGUGUCUGUGCUGGGACUAUUUAGCCCAAACAUGACCAUAGCAAAAGAAGAUUUCACCAAAGCGGGAAACUACCUAAGAGGAUUUGUUAUCACUGGAAUUUAUUCUGAAGAAGAUGUUUUGAUACUGUCAAAUAAAUAUGGGGCAACACUUCCAGCUCUGCUGCUGGCCAGACACAAAGAGGGCAAAGUAGAGAGCAUUCCAUUCGCUAACUCCCGUGUGCAAGACAUAGUUCAAAUAGUGACAAAUGCAUUACUGGAGACAUUUCCAGAAAUAACUGUGGAAAACCUUCCCGUCUAUUUAAGACUUCAGAAACCAUUACUUAUUUUAUUCAGCGAUGGCAGCAUAAAUCCUCAGUAUACAAAAGCAAUAUUGACGCUGGUAAAAGAGAAACACUUGGAUUCACUUACCCCUUGCUGGUUAAAUCUAAAGAAUACUCCUGCGGGAAGAGGAAUCCUACAGACAUACUUUAAUGCUCUGCCUCCCCUUCCUCUUAUUGUUGUGGUGAAUCUGCAUUCAGGUGGCCAGGUAUUUGCAUUUCCUUCAGAACAGGCCAUCACCGAACAAAACCUUUUACUGUGGCUUAAGAAGUUAGAAGCAGGACUUGAGAGUCCUAUAACAAUUUUACCUGCUCAGGAAUGGAAACCUCCUCUUCCUGCUUAUGAUUUUCUAAGUAUGAUGGAUGCCGCAGCAUCUCAACAUCCCACAAGGAAAGAGCCUGAGUGUACAAAAGAAACUAACAUGCAAAAGAAUGAUAAACAACAACAUGAAGAUAAAUCAACAAUCAGAAAAGAACCAGUUGAAACACUGAGAAUAAAGCAUUGGAAUAGAAGUAAUUGGUUUAAAGAAGGAGACAAAUCAUUUAGGCAUGACAAUAAAGAAUUGUGAUUCUCAAAAGAGUUAUGAGCUGGUUUCAUAGGGCUGUGGAGAGCUUUACAAAGUCUUUGUAGCUUAUUUGGUAGACUGAAGAAUUUAUUAUAAAUUAAUACUAAAUCACUUCCAGUCUCUAGGCCAUUGUUGUCCAAUGGAAAUAUAAUGUGAGCCAUAUAUGUAACUUAGAAUUUUAUAGUAGCACCUUUAAAAAAAGUAAAAGCAGAUGAAAUUAAUUUUAAUAUUUCACCAAGUAGACCCAAACUAGCUCAGUUAACAUAAAAAUUACGAUAUUUUUACAUUCUUUUUUUCUGUCAAGUCUUCAAAAUCCAGUGCGUAUUUCACCCUCACUAUGCAUCUCCCUUCCGAUGUGACUAGUGACUGACUACUGUAUUGGAAGUUCAGCUCUAGACAAAAACUGGUAUAAUUAAUUUAACUUGGGUCUAGCCAUGAUAUAUUUUGAAUUAGAAUAAAAAUUUAACUCUAGGUUAAUCAUAGUUGACUUCAGAGUGUUAUCAUACAGCUGGAAGUUGUAUUUGCUUUGUUGUAGACAUGAUGUUAAAACCAGUGUUUUUAAACCAAGGAGUUUUGCCCCGAAGGGACAUUUUGCAAUGUCAAGAGACAUUUUUGCUUGUGACUAGGGGUAUUACUAGCAUCUAGGGGUGGGUAGAGGCCACGGAUGCUGCUAGAUACCCUAUCAUGCAUUGGACAGCCCCUCACAACGAAGAAUUAUCCUGCCCAAAUAUCAGUAGCGCCAAGGUUGAGUAAUCUUGUUUGAAACUAACCUGUGGUAGAAUGUUCUUAUUCUGCUUAGUUAUAUUUGAAAAAAAUCUUGGAUAUUAAAGAUAAAUACAUAUUAGGUGGUCUUAUCCCAAUUAUAUCUGAACACAACCAUAUCUUUUAUUAUAAAUUCUUUUUUAUAUUUUUGAACAGUAAUGAGAUAACACUAAAAAGGACUCAGGAUGAGAUGUAUACACACACACACACACACACACACACAAUUAUAUACAUUAUAUAUAGUUGUGUAUGAUAAUCUAUAUAACCUUGUAUGUUUAUAAUAUAUAAAAACGUAUAUAAGAGAAUCUUAAAACCUCUUAAUUCUACAAGUUAUAUUGCUAAGUUGAAGAGAAUUUAUACAUUCUGCUAUCCUCUUCACAAAAAGGCUCCCCGAUCUAAGUCAUGUGUGAAAUGUACCUUUGUAAGCUUUGGAAAAAUCAUUUGGUCUCCCUCAUCUAUAUAAUGGAGAGGAGAAGCCAUAGAGCCUCAUCUAUAGAAUGAGAGGGAAAGAUUAGCUAAAAAAUUAAUUUUUCAUUCCAAAAGCACUUACUUGUCAGGGUGAUCUGCUUGUAGCAGUUUGUCUCAUUUUUGCUUGGUGCAUAUUUUUGAGACAUUUGUUGAGAACAUGGUACUUUGCGCUCCACUAUAUUUCUCCCUUUUAAUACCUCCUUGGGGUAUCUGGUUCUUGAAAUUUUCUGCACAUACAGUUUGCCUAGUACAAUUGGGUUCAUAAAUAGAAUCUUAAAAAGCAAAAAUAGCUAUAUUUCACUGUAACAUAGAUCAUUUGCUACUGUUAGCACCCCCUUCUUGAUAUUUUUCCUGUAGCAUGUAAUGGAUAUUAUUUCAGUUCAUUUUCAUUUGUUUUGAUUUCUAACAUGGGAGAUUUGAGAAUGAACUCUAAUUGUAGCAAUAAAAUAACACUAGCCUAACCAUUAGAAAAUGCUAAUUAACUAUAAGCACACAGAAACAUAAAAUCGAUUAUUGUACCAUACCCAAUUUGACAGUUGUUGACAUGUUCUUUUAAUAAUUUCAAAUAAAGUAUCAAGAUUUCAGGCUA